AUGAGCUUCGCGGGGCAUCACGCCUUCUUCUGGGCGUGCCUCCUCGCACUGGCGGUCGUCACCACUGAGGGGGCGGCGGCCACCCUCUCGGGCGCCGUCUACUGCGGCUUCCACGACGACCUGGCGUGCAUGCUGGCCUGCGCGAUUGGGAGCCUCGUCGCGAAGCAUGUGAUGGCCAGGGACCAGUUGGUACGCGCAGAGAGGCUACUCAGGCCUGAUCGCCUCGGUGAUUCUUGUUUGCUCGGUCGUGACACGUGUUGCCCGCUCCUCUGCCCCUUUCCCCGCCUCUCUAGGGCUAAUGCUGACGCAUUUUUUGAUUGCACAGGCCUGCCCCACGGCAGAGGCCUGCGGCAUGAUGUGAUGCAUGUGUGA